AUGGCAAUUAUGUAUGAUUCGAAGAAAUUAGACAAACAUCAAAUCAACUAUAUUUUAAAGAAAUAUCAGUAUAUUUUAGUUUGUAACAAAUUCAUAGUUCACAUAGACCACCCUAAUUUAGUGAACUACCAAACAAUGAAAGAAGCCCAAUGUAGAAUUAUCAGAUGGUUGGAUUUGGAGAGUAGUUUUUUAUGUCAAAUUAGAAACGGUAAAAAGUGCAUCAGAAAAAGAUUCGAAAUGGUUAGAAGCGUUUAA